UGUUUACACCACACAAACAAACAACAAAAUUUAUUAUUUUUUUGUUGAAAAAAAAAUUAUGUUUAAACUAAAAUUAUUAUUAAUAUUGGUAAUUGUUUUAUUGGUCAUAACGGCGGUAAUCAUCGACGAAACAAUGGCCAAUAGCGAUAUCGGGUCAAACUUGCGGCCGAAAAGAGCGGCCACAAAGAAAAAGGCUAAAUCGGUGACCAUCAUCACCACUACCGCUAAGAGCAAAAAAGUGGCCAAACAAGCAAAAAAAUCACCGCCGCCGGCGGCUAAGUCGUCGUCAGCGGCUAAGGUGGACAACGAUCACAUAGACAUCGAUGAACUGAAACGAUUGGCCACCAAUCAUGUCGGUGUCGAAGAUUUUAUGUUAAAGUCGGCUCAGCUAACAACGACCACCACUGAGGAGGAGGCCGUUGAAUGUACUACAGAAGCCUAGUUGUACCGUAUGUACUGACAACAAGUGGUGGACAGUUGUUUUUUGUUUAUUGAAGAUAGGAAGUGUUGGAUAGGAUUGAUAAGAUAUUAGGGUGUGGGUAUGGUGGGUGUGUAGG